AUGGUACUAGGGUUGACAUUUGGAGUGAUAGAAGGGUUCCAUCUCUACCUCACUACAAGAUCACACACCUACGGCCACCAGGGUGUUUAUUGUCAAAGAAAUGACAGAGUAUUCAAAACAAAGGAUUGGAGUCCAAUUGAGGUUAUCUCUACAGCUGAAAGAGCAUUUCUUGAGUUCCAGUCAGUUAUUACCUCUUCAAACCCUUCUCAAACCAAUUCGGGUGCCAUUUCAAGUAAUGAAAAUGAUCGGUGGAAUGCCCCACCAUUGGGUUUUAUAAAGGUGAAUUGUGAUGCUACAAAGCCUCAAGGAGAUACUGUUGGCGGACUGGGAAUUAUUUUUAGGGAUCACAAUGGGUGUCCUCUAAAGGCACUCUCUCUUUCCCAGGUGUUAUCCUUUGCAAUCCAAGGAGAAGCUCUAGCCAUUAGAGAAGCACUAAUGCAAGCUCGUGAAUUAGGAAUCACAAAUCUCCUUGUUGAAUCAGACAACAAGGAGAUUAUUAGCUUUAUUGAAGAUCCGAAUCGUGUUCCGCCGCUUGAUGUUGCAGUUGUUGUUGAAGAUGUUCGUGAGCUAUGUUCUACUUUUGUAUCUGUUUCUUUUCUUUUUGUUCCAAGGGCUAUGAAUGUAAUUGCAGAUGCCCUGGUAAGGAAGGCCCUGUCUAUCAUGUGUAUGACAGAUUGGCCAAUUACCACUCCGUGGCUUGAUGAUCUUUGUUUAUCUGAAGCCACUGGCUGUACACAUGAUUCUCAUCAAUAA